CAACUCUUCACCUUUUCCUCCCAAGGCCCUUCCCCCCUUCCUCUAGGCCAAUUCCCCUCCUCUCUACGUCUCUUUUCCCUUUUGAGAGUCCUAGCUCAUCUGCUACCUCUUUUCGACUUUCCUUCACAUCCUUUUGUCCCAUAGGAAACGCGGUGACGCGAGUCCAUCGAGCCCGACUUGUGUUCAUACUUACAACUUCACAUAGCAAAAAGGGAUAGCUCGCGUGGGUUUACCACCUGGAGGACAUCAUGGACUCCUCUCCAGCUCGAGUUGGCAUGGCUCCUGCUGCGGGCGUGAAGCGUCCAGCGGCUCUGCUACCUGCCUUCGAGCCAUUGAGCUCAUCCCCCUCUCUUCCGCGGCCUACCAAACGUGUUGCACGCGAACCCGCCUAUCCUACUCCUGUACCAACCUCUUCAACUCACAUAAUGUCGUCUUCGCCGCCUGGUAUUGCCGCUACCGCUCGGUCUACAGCGCGUCGUUCCUUUCCCGCCGCCGUCGAGCGGUCUCCCUUGUCCGCUGUUCCGACUAUCAUGCUCCCUGAAAGUGGUGAGCCUGUGCUCAUGGGUCGGUCCAGCGCUUCGUGCCAUCAUCAGCUAGCUGCAAGCCGCAUGAUUUCCCGGAUCCAUGUCAAGGCUACCUACAAGCCCGCCCCGAACCCCUUCGACCGAGAUAGGGUUGAGAUCAUGUGCAUGGGUUGGAAUGGAAUCAAGAUCCAUUGCCAGGGUAGGAAGUAUGAUCUGGCCAAGGGAAAGACAUUUACUUCGGAUAUCAAGGAAGCGGACAUCAUGAUUGAUGUUCACGAGGCUCGUGUCUUGGUGCAGUGGCCGCGGAACGAAAAUGAUAGAAAGGACUGCCCAUCGACCGAUUCGGAACAGACUUGGGAUGAAGGAACCCCAACUCAGAAGAACCCACGCCGAAUCCUCAUUGAUAGUCCCUUUAUCGAAGGUCAGCGUGAGCGUAUGGGUUCUCCUGUCUCGCCAUCGCCUGUUGUGCAACGUACUAUUCCUCCGUCGUCGCCUCUCUUUACGCCCUCUCGUCCUCGUGGUUCCGUCGUUGUGUACGAGGAUGAACCUUCUCCAUUGAAGCGUCAUAAUACCGUCGGCGGAAUGACUUCCUACAGUGCUCGCCGUGCUAGUGAAAUUCUGCAGAUCUCGCAAUCUAGCGAUAUCAGCAGACCCGAGGAUGAGUCUGAUAAUGACGAGGAAAAUGAUCCCAUUGUCCACUCAUUUGGUCCAUUCGGCGAGAACCUACUCCCUCGGAUGGCCUCAUUCCACGCUGGGGAGUCUCCUGUCCGUCCCGUUCUCUCGCCUCUCAACUCGCUGCAGCCCCCACCUGCCCAAUCACCCCAGCAUCUCAAGGCACGGCACCCCAAUGCCCAGGAGGAGAAGAAGGAAGAUAGCGAGGUCAAGGAGAAGACCAAAGAAGAAGAGGAGGCAUUUGAAAGAGUCCGCAACCAUACCGUGAAUCAGCUCGCUUUCUCCCGUUUAUCAUCGACUCCCUUUUCCACCAUCUUGAACAACCUCCCUCCUUCAUACUGGAAGUCGAACUCGAGCAACACCUCUGGUCCAUCCCGCUACGACAUCCGCGCCAUCCUUGAAACUACUAAGUGUAUUGGCAAGGUUGCGCGUGAAGGAAAAGAUGCCGCUGGCCAGCCCCUGGAAAGCGAGUUCUACUACAUCCCCGACUUUGAUGAAGAUGUUGGCCGCCGCGAGACCGUGGUGAACAACCUCCGGAAGCCUGGCCUCCGCAACUGCCGCAAGCAGCACAAGCAAUACUUCUGGAAGAAGCCGAAAUAAAUCGACCCUCUUAUGGAUCCGUCAUCCCCCCUCCCCCCAAAAUUUCCACUUUUGAAUUCGGAUCGGCCCCCUCUCAGUACAUAUUUGCAGUGUUCUUAGCCACCUAGACACCCUCCUAGGUGGCUCGCAUAGCGUGGCGUGUGGCAUACCCUGACAUUUUCAACCUGUUUGAUUUUAAUAUUUGUUUCUCCUUCUCCCUUUUCGGUUUCGUUUCCCCUCCCUCCAUGUUUUCUGCUUCCGUUCCAGCAUGGUGGUGUACGAUGUGUGGUACUUUCGCAGCGCGCUGUUCCUCGUUCUUUUGUGUCCCCUCGUGGGACUUGUCCAGUGUUUUCCCCCUGAUGCGUGACGGUUUCCCCGAACUCGACGGCCGCUUAUGUUUUGAUUUUUUGCUUUGACCUCCAACCUUUGAUUUGCUUCGGCUCGACUUCUUGAUGUCUGUUUGAUUAUACCAUCUCCUUGGUAUGGUUUCAGCCUCCCCUUGUGAGGUGUCUUUCACAUUUUUGUAUCCAAGGGAACAUGACCAGUCAUGUUUCCCAGCCCAAGUGAUUUUUCUGUGUCCUUUUUUGUUGCCUCGGCCUUGCUCUCUAUUGAGGGUGGGAUGCCGUCAUGAAUUGUACGUUUAGCUUGUCAAUUAUUAAAAAG